AAUAUGACAAAUUGGUUUCUACAUCAAGUAACAGCACCUCCUCUGUACACCUGUGCCUGGCAAACCAGAGUCACCUACAAGAUCUGGAGACUUCAGAAGAAUGUCAGUCGGGAUCAGAGUCCAUGAUGUGGCUAUUUGUACUUAUGGGAAAUAUUCUUCAAGGAAUGGGAGAAACUCCCAUUGAACCUCUGGGAUUGUCCUACGUGGAUGAUUUUGCAAAAUCAGAGAAUUCCCCAUUUUACAUAGGAAUAAUACAGACAGUGUCAAUUGCUGGACCUUUAGUGGGAUCAUUAAUGGCUUCCUACUUCGCACAGAUCUUCGUCGACGUUGGAUUUAUAGAUCUGGAUGAAGUUACCAUCACUCUCACUGACGCUCGUUGGGUUGGCGCUUGGUGGCUUGGAUUUUUAAUCAGCGGAGUCGCAAAUCUAAUUGCUGCAGUUCCGUUCUGGUUUCUACCUAAAGUUCUUCCCAGAGAAGGUCAAGAAGAUAUAGCAGGACCAGAAGAAUCACGUAUACCUAUUGCACACGAGAACAGUGACCAGAAACCAGAACAGAGCAGGAAGGGCCUUCUGAAAGAAUUUCUACAGUCCCUGAAACAUCUAUUCAAGAAUAAAGUUUACACCCUGUUCGUGAUUGUAACAGUGAUACAGUUUGAUGCAUUUAUUGGAUUCAUUUCAUUCAUGCCCAAGUACUUGGAACAGCAGUACGGCAAAUCAGCAUCAGAAGCCAUCUUUUUAAUAGCGGUGUAUAAUUUGCCAGUUAUCUGCAUUGGAUACUUUUUGGGUGGAUAUUUGAUGAAGAGAUUCAAGUGUACCACGUACCAGGCUGCCAUGAUUGGAUUUUGGAGUUCAAUAAUUGAGUAUCUGAUCUAUUAUUCAGCCUUUGCAAUGGUCUGCAAGAACUCUGCUGUUGCUGGUUUAACAGUUUCAUAUGAUGGUAUUGAGCAAGUUUCAUAUCUGGAUAACCUGCAAUCAGACUGCAACCUAAACUGCGCCUGCCCUACUGACAUAUGGGAUCCUGUUUGUGGAGAGAAUGGUGUGGCCUACGUCUCUGCUUGUCUUGCUGGCUGCAGCUCAGUAACAGGGACUGGACAAAAUAAGGUGUUUCACAAUUGCAGCUGUGUGGCUGGGUUUUCCUCGAAUGCAUCUGCGGUGCUAGGUCAAUGCCAGAGAGAAGCGACCUGUGACACCAUGCUUCAGUACUUCAUGAUACUGUCCCUGGUGUGCUGUUUAAUUUAUUCCUUCGGAGCCAUGCCCGGAUAUAUGGUGCUCAUCAGGAGUCUGAAGCCUAAAGAAAAAUCCCUCGGACUCGGUCUUCAUCUCCUAGCUGCAAGAGCGCUUGGUGGAAUCCCAUCUCCAAUUUUUUUUGGUGCGACAGUUGAUACGACCUGCAUAAAAUGGGGAACUACUAACUGUGGGGAGCCUGGAGCCUGUCGCAUGUAUGAUUCUGAUGCUUACAGGCUUCUGUUUUUUGGAGUGACGGCUAUUUUGCGAACUAUAUCCUACAUUCCCUGUGUCUUCAUCCUGAUCAUUCUUAAGAGACGAGCAGCUGAUGAAGAAGAGGAAGAGAAAAAAUCAGGGGAGAUGGAAUUAGAGGAAUUAAAUAAAAAAUAGUUUACUGCAAAAGACUGAGAUGUGCACACAAAGGAUGCUUUAGGGGAAACUGCAGUCGUGGAGAAAUUGAGUAAAACUGGAAGUUGUAACUCUCCUUUUGCUCACCCUUAAUACCCCAUGUUAUAUCUAAAAAGAGAAAGUGCAAACUGCAGCAAAAUAUCUCAAUCCUGUUGUGUAAAGACCAGAACGUACAGGCAACCAUGUUGUGACUUGUACAUGAUCACAAUACUGGUGUAAAAAUGGUUGACUAAAACCCCAAAAUGACAGGUCACAAGUUAUUGUAUUUCCAAUCACUUUCAAUCAAAGCACAAAUCAAUUCAGCCACAAUUUCUUGCGAUCUACAACUAUACCUAUGCAUUCUGCUUUUUAAUCUCAUCUGCCUAAACUUUGUGUAAAGUCCAGGAACAAGUCAUGGUAAAACUCAAUAUGGAUGAAAUAAAAGUGACUCACUACACUUAACUGAUACCUAUAUAAUAUAUAUGAUAUAAUAGUCUAACUGUACAGAAUUAAGUUCCUGCAAGGCUGUUCUGGCACCAGCUAUAGGGUGCUUCAUGUUCCUAUUCCUCACCAUCAGCCUGGUCCUACACCAGGUUUCACACCAGUGUUCCUCUUAUUUUACUUUUAAGAAACAAGUCUGGUUUAUUAAGUGAUUAAACAAUCAAUAUUAAAGUGAGAGGACUCUCUGUGAGUUCUACCAACUCUCCUGAUCAUAGCUUAACCCAUUGGAAGAGUAAGACUGCUCAGAUCUAUCCACCAGAGGCAGCUCUGUAAUUGGACCAGGUGGGUUCACAGGACACAGGUGGUUUUUGACAAAGGUCCCACAUAGAGAGAGCAUAUUUCAGCUAAAAGAUAUUAAUGUCAUAUGGGCUCCAUCACCUAUCGAUCAGAAUGCUUUUAAGUAAAAUUGAAAUCUGCUAUUUUUUAACCUGACACUGAUAAUUAUGGUUGCUUUAGAUUGUAGCAAACUGAGGAUUGGGGGGGGGGUGACAUUUCAUACUUGGAGUGAUGCAGCACAGUGUCUCAAGCUAGGCCUGCAUCCUACCACAGGUAAGAUCUCCCAUCAAGAAGGGGUCAUGUCAUGUAAUGGGGGUAUUCCCUUAAUUAAAUGGAGGGUCACAUACCCUUUUAUAUGGAGGAUAACAAAAAUACACAAAAGGGCAGGACAACCAAAUCUGAAACAAGUGAACUCUCUUUCUGAAAAGUAUUAAAUCAUUAUCAUUAGUAGGUGACUGCAUUAACUGAAAAUACCACAGUAUUAGUUACAAUUUCUUGACCACAUUGUCUUAUGUCAAAUGGCUUUAAGCUUCUGCAUUUUUUGCAUAAUAUUUUCUUUGUACCACCACAUUUUGCAAUUUCGUAAGUCUAACAAGACAAUGUAAACAUUUGCUAAUUAGCUUUCUUGCAACAUUGUAUUCUCACAGAGCUUUUUAACCAUGGAAAUGUACUUGUAAUAAAUAGGUACCCUGGA